GCGGCCGGUGCCGCCGGGGCCGGUGCCGCCGCCGGGGCCGGUGCCGGGAUGGCGCUGGAGCGGGCGCUGCUGGCGGCGCGGCAGGGGGACGUGGAGGCGUUGCGGGGGCUGCGGGCGGCCGGGCUGCUGCGGCCGGGGCUGCGGGACGCCCUGGGCGCAUCCCCCGCACACCACGCCGCCCGCGCCGGCCGCCUCGCCGCGCUCCGGUACCUGGCGGCAGAGACCGCGCUCCGCGGGGACGCGCGGGCGCGCAACGGGGCCACGCCGGCCCACGACGCCGCCGCCACCGGCAACCUGGCCUGUCUCCAGUGGCUGCUCACGCAGGGGGGCUGCGGCGUGCAGGACACAGACAACUCUGGUGCCACCAUCCUACACCUGGCAGCCCGUUUCGGUCACCAUGAGGUGAUUGACUGGCUCCUUCGCUUCGGGGGCAGUGACCCCACGGCGGCCACCGACACGGGAGCGCUGCCCGUCCACUACGCUGCGGCCAAAGGGGAUUUCCCUUCCCUGCGACUCCUCUUGGGACACUGCCCAAGCACACUGAGUGCCCAGACCAAGACGGGGGCCACCCCGCUGUACCUCGCCUGCCAGGAGGGCCACCUGGAGAUCAUCCAGUACCUGGUGCAGGACUGCGGGGCUGACCCCCACGCGCGCGCCCACGAUGGCAUGACCCCGCUGCACGCCGCCGCCCAGAUGGGCCACAACACCGUCAUCGUCUGGCUGAUGAGCUUCACGACGGUGAGCCUGUCGGAGCGGGAUGCCGAGGGGGCCACGGCCAUGCACUUCGCCGCCAGCCGCGGUCACGCCAAGGUGCUAAGCUGGCUGCUGCUGCACGGCGGGGAGAUCACCACCGACGGCUGGGGCGGCACGCCGCUGCACGAUGCCGCUGAGAACGGCGAGCUGGAGUGCUGCCAGAUCCUGGUGGUGAACGGCGCCGACCUCAGCGUGCGUGACCAGGACGGCUACACAGCGGCCGACCUGGCCGACUACAACGGCCACGGCCACUGCGCCCAGUACCUGCGCACCGUGGAGAACAUGAGCGUGGAGCAUCGCGUGCUGUCGCGAGACCCCUCGGCGGACGGGGAGUGCCGGCAGCCCGACUCGGGCAUGUCAUCGCCCAACACAACGGCGUCAGCGCCCCAGGCGCGCUUCGAGGUGGGCUCCCCUGCCAGCACCCUCUCCAACUACGACUCCUGCCACUCCAGCCAGUCCAGCACCGGGGAGAAGAGGGGCGGCCCCCCGGGGGCCCCCGCCGCCCGUGAGUGCGGGGCCGGGGAGCGCAGGGCGGGGGGCGUGGGGCCGGCCCCCCCUGACCCCCUGCCCUGUGCAGGGGUGCCGGAGCCGGCGCUGGCGGACAUGCAGGCCUACAUGGACAUGCUGGACCCCGAGACACGGCCGCGGGGCCAGGGGCCGGCAGGCGAGGGCCCACCCCCCCCACCACCCCCCACCUUCCCCCCACCGCCACCCCCGCCCCCUGUCUCCCAGCCGCCCCCGCCACCCCCCAGCUACCCUGCACCCGCGCCCCCCACCGCCCCCCACACCGCCGACAUCUACGUGCGGGCCAAGAACAACCUGCGGCACGUGGAGAGCCAGGCGCUGCGCCAAGAGCUGGCAUCGCGGGAGAGCAGCCCUGAGGGCCUGCGCCGGGCCGACUCCACCCGGCGGUCGAGGAACUUCAGCAAGCAGCCGAGCACCGGCGACUACUACAAGCACCUGGGGCACGGCGCGGCCGAGCAGCCCGGUCCCCGGCGAAUGGCGCACAGCGAGGAGGCAUCGCCCAUCUCGGGGGAUACCAUGCGCAAUGGGGAGAGCAAGCCUGGCGCCGAGCUGCCGCCACCGCCACCACCCCCGCCACUGCCCGAUGCUGCCUGCCCACCGCCCCCGCCGCCACCCCCGCCGGCAGAGACCCCCGCCGGCCCCCGCCGCUCCUCCUCUUCCACGGGAAGAGGAAAGGCGCUCAGGCAGAUGAAGAGCACCAAGUCCUUCAACAUGAUGUCCCCCACCGGCGACAACUCGGAGCUGCUGGCUGAGAUCAAGGCUGGGAAGAGCCUGAAGCCGACACCGCAGAGCAAAGGCUUCACCACCAUCUUCUCCGGCAGCGGCCAGGCAGGGGCCAACGCGGAGUCACCGGCCUCCUCCCCGUCACCCACCAGGACGCCCACCCCGCCGGCCACCCCCGAGGCCGCCGGGCCGCCGCGCUGCCUGGCCGGGGGCUCGCCGGAGCCGGUGCUGAACGGGAGCUCGCCGGUGCCGGCGGCGGGCGCCGGGGCGGCGGCGGAGGCGGAGGCGCUGGUGCCGAGCCACGACGAGCAGGGCCGGCCCAUCCCCGAGUGGAAGCGGCAGGUGAUGGUGCGCAAGCUGCAGCUCCGCAUGCAGGAGGAAGAGGAACAGCGCCGCAAGGAGAAGGAGGAGGAGGCGCGCCUGGCCAGCAUGCCGGCCUGGAGGAGGGACAUCCUGCGCAAGAAGCUGGAGGAGGAGAGGGAGCAGAAACGGAAAGAGCAGGAGAAGCUGAAGCGGGAGGAAGAGGAGAAGGAGAAGGAGCAGUCGGAAAAGCUAAGGACUCUCGGGUACGAUGAGACAAAGCUGGCGCCCUGGCAGCGGCAGAUCAUCCUCAAGAAGGGGGACAUAGCCAAGCACUAGCCACGCCACGCCGCGCCCCGGCCUUUCGCGGCGGAAGGAGGCCGGCGGGUCCCACAGCGGACCGGGACGCGCGUCGGCACCCUCCUCCCGCCGCGGACGGCCGCGUAGCCCGACCCGGAGGAGCCCCCGGGCACCCGUAGCCCCCCGUCCCGCUGCCGCCCGCCCGCCGCCCCCCCGUGCUGCCCUUCGCAAAGCGAGCUGUCGCGGCCUGGGGCACCUCGGCUCCGCCGCCGCGGCCGGGCCCGCCGCGCCGACCGGCUCCCCGCGCUCCCCGCUGGCGCCGCUCGCCAUCCCGGCCGGCGCGCUCGCCUCCUCUCCUGCCCCUCCCGCCGCCGGAGCCGCUCGAUGCCGCUCCCGGCUCGCCUCCGCCCCGGACCGCCUGCCUUUCCAGCGAUUA